AAGAAGAUAACCCGAAACUGAACUUGGAAGAAGACCUUGAUCGGACCACCGAGCAUUUUGAGGGUUUGACUGGAAUUGAGGAUCUUGAUCUUAAUCAUGAGCCUGAGCAUGCCAACCUUGGGAGUGCUUGGCCUGAUUUUGAUGUUCUCCUCAACGUGAACAAAUCUGACGGGACCUCCUCUCGUUUGAUAGUGGCCUUACUUAUAACCACGCCUCUGGCCCUAGCCCCAUCAUGCAGGAACAAGCUUUUGCCACCUCUUCCCUUGAUUCCUCCGAUUGAAUUGAACGUUCCUCGGGGUAUCAAUAGGGAUUGGGAGACUAGGCUUGAGAAUGAGUGA